GCAUUCCAUUGUUAAGGUUAGACCUGUGUUCAACAGUGGACUCACACCGUCACCCUCACACACACAGAUGCGCGUGAACGAUAACCUCAAUGUAUGGUGUCUGUGUGAAACGAGGUCGUUUGUAUAAAGUGUCCUGAGUGUGCUAUGGAUGUACCUCUGACUACCCCAAUUGGGAUACAGCCGUUCAGAGUAGAUUUUACUGAACCGAAGUUGGUUGGAACAGAAGUUGGUGCUAAGAAAUAACCUUGUCAAAUAAGGUAAUACUCAUGAGAAAAAUCAUGGCAUGCCACGACUUUCACAUUUACAACAGUACCCGGUCCCUGAAAACAAGACUGGAACUUAUGUUAUAGAAUUAAUUACAAAGCGACUUCUAGCUCUCGGGGCUUCGCAACAAGGACAGUUUCUAGUUGAUUGCGAAAGCUACCUGUCUCCUCCACAAAUGGGAACAACAAAAACGGUACACAUUCUCCACAAUUCCGAGCAGCCCGCUUCUGUAUUCUCAAUACUUGAAAGCGGAACAAAGAACAUCCACGUGAUAGCCGACGGUCUCUUUGACUUGCUGAUGAUGAAGCUUUCCCAACAUUAUACGUCCAAAAAGCAGACAAAGAUAGAGAGCAAAGGACCUCGGUUUGAGCUCGGUGAUUUCUGUGUCAAACUCGGUUCUGUCACUAUGAACCAGAAUUUUAAGGGGAUUUUAAUUGAAGUAGAAUACCGACCCUGUGUAAUGGCGAAUGCAGUCUGGGGUCUACUCAGAGAGUUCCUACAAGGCCUCCUGGGGCCAUCAGUGCCCGUGCAACCGCCGCAACAUUUGCUCAGUCGUAUGAACGAGAUAUACACGCCUAUAGACACUAUUUAUCAGUACUUAGAACACUUUAGUGCAUAUAGAAAAGUUACCGGUAUGAGAGCUGCGUAAGUGAAGUUUUAUGAAGUAUUUAUUUAAGUAAGUAUUUAAUUUUAAGUUAACACGAUCACUGUGUAGCUGAAAAUUAGAUAUCAACCCCUGAAAUGCUGUGUUGUUAUUCUAUAAACACAUUGGAAUGUAGGUAUGAUAAGGUGCAAAAGUCCAAUCAGUUUCUUGCAAAGUAAUAAAUUAACUGAUUGCACUUGAGACCUCCUGUUUACAUGUCGUUUCUGUAACAGAUCAAAGACACCUACAAAAACAUAAAUUUUAUAAUUAUGACAACUAAUGGUUCAUAAUUUCACCACUGUUUACAAAUAAUUCGCUGGGCUCAGUGACUGCACUUUUGCUCUUUGAUAGUAUAUGGCAAGAAAAAAUGUGCCCCACAUAUGGGACAUGCACGUAUGAGUUUCAAAUUAUGCCUCAUAUGUGGUUCAUACACAGUGAACAUGUUUUAAAUUAAGUAUAAAAUUUAAAAUAUACAAUUGAAAAUACGC